AAGCUGGGAGGGCAGAGAGGCCCGCGGGGGAUGCGUCUGCUGCCCCAGGCCCUCUGAAGUGGACACUUGGCCCCUGGUCUGGGGUACAUGGCCGUCAGACCCACGUGUCGGCUAGCAUCCCCUUCCGCCUCCUGCUGCCUCACUGCCAGCCUCGGGAUUGCUGGGUAAACAUGGGAGUCUGCCCUCACAAGCAGACCUGAGGCCAGUGGUUCUCAAACUUGGGACAUCAGGCUUUUCCGGGGAACUUGUUUAAGAUGCCAUUUCCGGGUCCUCCCCUCAGAGGUUCUGACGGAGGCGAAAGGUGUGGUGUGGACACCCGCAAGUUCCACCUGCACGCUCUCUUACGAGGGUUGGAGCAACCCUGUGCCUUUGGAAUCCAGGCUUAAGCAGCUUAGCUUUGCUUCGUGUUUGAUGCACAGUCUCUGACCACCUCCUUGGGCCUAGAGGUUGCUGGGGUGUGUUGCCCGAGUAAAGGAGAAGAGUGGAAUGUGCCCUGUGCUGUCUGCGGUCCGGGGUUGGUGACAGAAGCCUGUGGAUGCUGCUGCAGCUGCUGAGUGGGGAGGUAGGUGGGCUGGCGCUUCACCAGCUGUUAGCCCUGGAACAGCAGGAGCGUGAGGAAUUGAGGGCCUGGUGAGCAGCAGGAGGCAGGCUUCGUCCCCUCCUGUGUGCUGGCCUCUCCCGGGCACAGCGCCUCUGCGUCUCACCGGGCACCUCUGGGCAGUUCUCCCGAGAGCCCCUGGCCACCAGGCUCACUCCUGGCCAAGACCAGGGGUCCGUCGGCCUCCAGAAGGCAUCACAUACUACUUCGUUCCACUCGUGGAUAGAUGCUAAAACCAAACCCGAGAGCAGAACGCUAAGCCGGAGAUUGUGCCACCCUGGCUGGUUUCUGGUUGGGGAAACAGGCCCGGGAAGUCUGAGUGGCAGGCCAUGGGUCGGAGGCCACGAGCUUCUGGUCCAGGGCCCCCAGCCCCGCCUGGGCCUCGUGUGCCCAACCAUCCAUUCCACGUUCUCUGUAUGUUCUUGGGGUGUGCUGAGGCCUAGUGUUCCCAAUUUGAAGAGUUUCUUCACAACCUCUCAAUCUUUUUUAAAAAUGCUUCUGGAUUUUUAGUUUCUCCAAAAUUUUUCUUUUAAGCAUUUACUGAGAGCAAAUAAUUUCAAAACCACAAGGCCAUAAUAGUUCUCUCUGAAAAGAAAAUAGUUUUUCUUUGGAGAAAUUUGGAGACUAGAGAAAAACAGGAAGAGGGAAAAAAAAAAAGCCCACUCAAGAGUCCACCACGUUCAAUAACUAUUUGCUGAUCAUCUGCAUGUCUGAGAUAUAUUUAUGUAUUUUAUUUUUAUUUAUGUAUUUUUUCUUUAGAAAAAGCACACAUGCAAGAGUGGGGUUGGGGGAGGGGCAGAAGGAGAAGAAGAGAAACUUUUUUUUUUCGUUUUUAUUUUUUUAUUGGAGUUCGAUUUGCCAACAUAUAACACCCAGGGCUCAUCAUGUCAAGGGCUCCCCUCUGUGCCCGCCACCCAGUCACCCCAUCCCCCCGCCCACCUCCCCUUCCACUAUUCCUUGUUUGAUUCCCAGAGUCAGGAGUCUCUCAUGCUUUGUCACCCAGAGAGAGAAUUUUAAGCAGGAUCCACGCUCGGCAAUGGAGCCUGAUGUGGGGCUGGAUCCCAUGACCCUGAGAUCAUGACCUGAGCUGAAAUCAAGAGUCCGAUGCCUGGCUGAGCCACCCAGGUGCCCUUUUAUAUAUCUUAAAUAUGCAUGUAUAUAUUCCUUUCAGCUCUUUUCUAAGAAGACAUUUUAGAGUUGAGAUCAUAUAUGUGUAAUUUUGCGUUCCUAAGAUACUUUGACGUAAGUCCUUCCACAUGUCAUUAAGAUACCCUUUAUAAAUACAGGCAUACCUCAGGGAGGUUGCAGGCUGGGUUCCAGAGCACUGCAAGAAAGCAAAUAUCACAAUAAAGUGAGGAGUUAAGGCCUUGGAAGGCGGCGGUGGUGUCCGGGAGGUUUGUGCACCAUGAGCUCUAUCGGCACCGGGUAUGACCUGUCAGCCUCUACAUUCUCUCCUGAUGGGAGAGUUUUUCAAGUUGAAUAUGCUAUGAAGGCUGUGGAAAACAGUAGUACAGCUAUUGGAAUCAGAUGUAAAGAUGGCGUUGUCUUUGGGGUAGAAAAGUUAGUCCUUUCUAAACUUUAUGAAGAAGGUUCCAACAAACGACUUUUUAAUGUUGAUCGGCAUGUUGGAAUGGCAGUAGCGGGUUUGUUGGCCGAUGCUCGUUCUUUAGCAGACAUUGCAAGAGAAGAAGCUUCCAACUUUAGAUCUAAUUUUGGCUAUAACAUUCCAUUAAAACAUCUUGCAGACAGAGUGGCCAUGUAUGUACACGCAUAUACACUUUACAGUGCUGUUAGACCUUUUGGCUGCAGUUUCAUGUUAGGGUCUUACAGUGUGAAUGACGGUGCACAGCUCUGCAUGAUUGACCCAUCAGGAGUUUCAUAUGGUUAUUGGGGUUGUGCCAUUGGCAAAGCCAGGCAAGCUGCAAAGACAGAAAUUGAAAAACUUCAGAUGAAAGAAAUGACCUGCCAUGAUGUUGUUAAAGAAGUUGCAAAAAUAAUUUACAUAGUACAUGAUGAAGUUAAGGAUAAAGCUUUUGAACUAGAGCUCAGCUGGGUUGGUGAAAUAACUAAAGGAAGACAUGAAAUUGUUCCAAAAGAUAUAAGGGAAGAGGCAGAGAAAUACGCUAAGGAAUCCUUAAAGGAAGAAGAUGAAUCAGAUGAUGAUAAUAUGUAACAUUUACUUCAGCAUCUAUUUUAAAUUUCUACUAUAGUCCCAUGUAACUCUUUAGCCCUGUGGAUUCUUACCUAUCCAGAGACCAGUUUUCAUUAAACUUUUGUCUUCUAACAAAAAAAAAAAAAAAAAGUGAGGAGUUAAUUUUUCAUUUCCCAGUGUGUACAAAACUUAUGUUUACACUAUACUGUAGUCAAGUGUUCAAUAGCAUUUUGUCUAAAAUGCAGCAUAUGUAGAGAAUAUGUAAAAAAUAAAAUGGCAUAUGUAUAAGAAAACAAUGCAUACCUUGAUUGAAAAAUGCCUUAUUGCAAAAAAUGCUUGCCAUCACCUGAACUUGUCAGCAGGUCCUAAUCUCUUUCCUGGUGGAGGGUCCUGCCUGGGUGUUGAGGCCUGCCGACUGAUCCAGCUCGUAUUUACUGAAGGCCGGUGGUGGUGGCAGUUCCUUCAACUAAGACAACAAUGAAGUUUGCGACAUCAAUCGACUCUUCCUUUCACAAUUUCUCUGUAGCUAGUGAUGCUGUUUGAUAGCAUUUUACCUACAGUUGAACUUCUUUCAGAAAUGGGAGUCAAGGGGCGCCUGGGUGGCUCAGUUGGUAAGCGUCUGAUCCCAGGGUCCUGGGAUGGAGCCCCGCUGAGCCGGGAGCCUGAUUCUCCCUCUCUCUCCGCCUGCCACUCUG